AGAAGAAGAAAAAGGUGACGGGUUGAGCGGCAGUGGCUUAACGGAGCUCCCGACAGAAGUUUUAUAUUACGAAGUACUUCUAUAGAUUCACAGAAAAUGUAGCAACGAAUACCUCAAUCAUUUCUUUUUCCUAAAUCCUACGAAACGGAAUUUGCGUGUGGAGUGAAGAUUGAAGACGUGAUAGAAGAUGAACCACUGCUAUGCUAAGAUGGCGACGUCCAGUCAAAGAGAAGGUGGAAGAGAAUCAGCGCCACCAACUCCCAGCAAAUCAUCAACGGAGAAAAGUGCAGAUAAUGACAUCUGGAAACUGAUUGCUGGUGAAGAAGAAGAAGAAGAACGUCCCACUCACCUGCAGGGGGAGAGCUACACUUUGAAACAGGAUGAUUCACAGUCCCCCCAAGUUAAAGAGAAAGAAGAGGAACUCUGGACCACUCAGGAGGGAGAGUGUCCUCUCGGGCUGGAGGAGGCUGAUCCCACCAAGUUGCCACUGACUGUUGUCUCAGUGAAGACUGAAGACCAGGAAGACAAACUACCUGAGUCCUCACGUUGGUUUUGUCCUGCUGAUGUCCAUCAGGUGAUUGGUCGUCACGAACAGCGUUCCCCUCAGUUGCAGGGGUGCUCCAUUUUGAAGGAGGAGGAUCCACAGCCCCCCCAUGUUAAAGGGGAAGUUGUGGAACUCUGGAUCACUCUUGAUGGAGAACGUCUUCUCGGCCAGGAAGAGGCUGACCUCACCAAGUUGUCACUGACUGAUGUCUCUGUGAAGACUGAAGACCAUGAAGACAAACCACCUGAGUCGUCACUUGGGUUUUGUCCUGCAGACAUGGCUGAUCUCACCAAGUUGUCACUGACUGUGAAGAUUGAAGAGAAACCACCGGAGUCCUCACAGCUUCAUCACAGUCCAAGUGAGGAGAACAGAGGGGUGGAGCGUCAAAGCAGCAGCUCACCACAACACAUGACAACAGAAGCUGAUGGAGACCACUGUGGAGGAUCACAAGCAGACAACCUCUUAGCUCCACAAUCAGGUAGUGACGACACAACAUCACACUCUCCUGAGGAUGAAGACACGGAUGACACCCAAGAACCUUUGAACAGUAAUAUGAGGACUCACACUGACAACAAACACAGGGAGAGGAGGACAGGGAAGAAGCUUGUGACCUGCUCUGUUUGUGCUAAAACCUUUUCUCGUACAAGCAGUUUGACUCAACACAUGCGGACGCACACAGGAGAAAAACCUUUCGGUUGCUCUGUUUGUCACAAAAGCUUUUCAAGUAAGAGCAGUUCUGUUCAACACAUGCUGACGCACACAGGAGAAAAACCUUUUAGUUGCUCAGUUUGUGCUAAAACCUUAUCUCGUAAGAGUGAUUUGACUCAACACAUGUUGACACACAUAGGAGAAAAACCCUGUAGUUGCUCAGUUUGCGCUAAAAGCUUUAUUUAUAGAAGAGAUUUAACUCGACACAUGAGAACGCACACAGGAGAAAAAACUAUUAGUUGUUCAUUUUGUGCUAGAAGCUUUUCUCGUCCAAGCAGUUUGACUCAACACAUGCUGACCCACACAGGAGAAAAACCUUUUAGUUGCUCAGUUUGCGCUAAAAGCUUUUCCCGUAAGCGUGAUUUGAUUCAACACAUGCGGACGCACACAGGAGAAAAACCGUUUGGUUGUUCAGUUUGUCAUAAAAGCUUUACUAAUAAGAGAAGUUCCAUUCAACACAUGCUGACGCACACAGGAGAAAAACCUUUUAGUUGCUCAGUUUGUGCAAAAAGCUUUUCUCGUAAAAGUGAUUUGACUCAACACAUGCUGUCACACACAGGAGAAAAACUCUGCAGUUGCUCAGUUUGUGGUAAAAGCUUUAUCUAUAAGAGAGAUUUGACUCGACAUAUGCUGACGCACAAAGAAGAAAAACCUUUUGCUUGUUUACUUUGUGAUAAAGGCUUUUCUUAUACAAGCAGUUUGACUAGACACAUGUUGACGCACACGGGAGAAAAAUCUUUUGGUUGUUCAGUUUGUUCUAAAACCUUUUCUUAUAAGGGCCUUUUGACGCAACACAUGCUGACGCACACGGCAGAAAAACCUUUUAGUUGCGCAAUUUGUAAUAAAAGCUUUUCUAGUAAGAGGAAUUCUAUUCAACAUAUGCUGACGCACACAGGAGGAAAACCAUUUGGUUGCUCAGUUUGCACUGAAAGCUUUUCUGUCAAGAGCCGUUUGACUCAACACAUGCUGACACACACAGGAGAAAAACCUUUUUGUUGCUCAGUUUGUGCCAAAAGCUUAAUUUCCAAGAGCCGUUUGACCCAACACAUGCUGACACACAUAGAAGAAAAACCUUUUUGUUGCUCAGUUUGUGAUAAAAGCUUUACUCUGAAGAACAGUCUCACUCAACACAUGCUGACGCACACCGGAGAAAAACCCUUUAGUUGCACUGUUUGUGCAAAAAACUUUACUUUUAAGAGAAAUUUGAUUCAACACAUGCGGGUACACACAGGAGAAAAACCCUUUAGUUGUUUAAUUUGUGGUAAACAAUUUCCUCAUAAGUGCAGUGUGGUAUCACACAUGAGAAGGCACACAGGACAAAAUCCUUUUUCUUGCUCAGUUUGUGGUGAAAGUUAUUCUGCCAAAUACAGUUUGACUUACCACAUGCUGAAACACACAGGGGAAAAAGCCUUUAGUUGUUCAGUUUGUGGUAAACGAUUCUUUCUGAAAGAAGUGAUGCAAAGACACAUGAGAACCCACACUCGAGAAAAACCCUUUAGGUGCUCAGUUUGUAGUAAAAGUUAUUCCUGUAAAAAAAGCGUUGCAGUUCACAUGCGGACACACAAUGGAGAAUAACCAUUUUUCUGUCCAGUUUCUGCUAAAAGAUUGUUAAACCAUAGAAACGUUAUGUCACAUGUGAGAAGUCACCUUGGAAGUGAUGAGCUGCUUAUUGUACGUAUGAUACCCUCAUGAGUUAGUGUGCUGGUAGGAACAGCAGCGACACAGCCUUGAUUGGUUGAGGACAACGUGUCUUUAUCUUCGACACAAGUAUUCAUCAAUGGCCAUGCACUUGUGUUUGUGUUGUGACAAUGUUCUAUCAUUGUGCUGUACAUGCACACGGAGUGUAAGUCACAAGAUCUCUUCUAACUUAACAACACUGACUGUGAAGCAAACAUAAGAUUAUGGAGACAAUGACUUUAUUGUGUGCUUUUUUGGGACAAUGAGACUUGUUAUUGUAUUUAUUUGUAGGUAUAUGUUGAAGAAGCAAUGUGAUACUAAUGUGUUAUGUAAUUCGACCAAUCUAAACAGAAUGUCACAUGCUAAUUUGGGUGCUUUCCAUGCCAUGCCUACUUCAAAUGGUAUAAAAAGUGAUGUUCAGCCUGAGAUAGUCACUUCUACUUGGUGUAGUGCAGGGGUCUCAGACUCGCGACCCCCGGGAGGAUAUUGCGGCCCCCGUCUUAAUAUGAAAGAUUAAUAUUCGUGUGGCCCGCAAGUUUGAUAUGAAUGGCACUUGUAGUGUGCGGAGCUGAACGAACCAAUCACGGUGAAGUAUAUGGCCCUCGCGGGCGAGACCGCUGCUGAACGAACCAAUCACAGUGAGGUAUAUGGCUCUCGAGGGCGGGACCUCAGUCGGGCAGUAAGUCCAACGCCUCAACACCUUGACUCGUUCGCUCGCUCAUUCAUUCAUUCCUCCACUCAGCUGGGCAGAGGAGAAGCCGUGAAGCCGCUGACUCCGCUCGGCGCCGCCGCUUCUCUGCCGAUCUUUGCUCAGAAAUGAAGCAAAGAAGCUGGAUCACAGUCUGUCUGUAGCGAUCUCAAUCAUGGCCGAUCGCGCUCAGCGAGCUGCUGUGUUUGUUCUUCUCCCAAACUCUGACCUAUGUAACAGUGCACUUUUAAUUUUUCCUUUUAUGUAUAAUUACACAAAGAUGGCUUUUAUUUUGACACACCUUUACAGUACAUUACUUCAUGGAUGUCUUUGGCGCUUCCUGCCCCCCCUCCUCCUAUCCCCCUUGUUUCCGCUUUUCUUCAUUCAUAUUUCAUAUUCAUAUUCCUUCUUCCCAUAAUCUAUCAUUAAUCUCCUUUACAUACUGUCGUCCAUCCCUUUUAUCACUAGAACUUUGUAGAUUGUUUCAUUUUUUGAACCCUUUUAUCACAAUACAGUGAUAAAAUGGUUAAAAAUGAAGUAAUGUACAAAGUUAUACUGUAGUUAAUUUAGAAUUAAUUAUAAUUAUAAUUAAUUAAGAAUAAGAAAAUAAAUCAUCCAAUCAGUAACUGGUUGGUUGAUUUUUUUUUUAUUCUUAAUUAUUUUUUUUCAUCUUAUUUUGUGUUAAAAACUAAAGAUAUUUGAAAACAUUGGAAUGUUUUUAUCAGAGCUUUUCUUGUUGAAAUCCAGAUGCGGCCCAGCCUCACCCAGACUCUGCCUCCAGCGGCCCCCAGGCAAAUUGAGUUUGAGACCCCUGGUGUACUGGGAUUGAUUCCUCUUGCCAACAUUUUCAGUAUUUGUCAUGUUAAAGUUUUUUUUUAUAAUAUACUGUUGUUGUUUUUUUCUUUGCAAACAAUGAGUUUCAUAUAGGUGCCUUUAUUCUUCUUGUUCAGUCCUUGCAUCGAAGCACCGUGAAAACUACGGAAGAAAAGAAAAUAUUACAUUUUGCUUUAGUUUUCCAACUAAUUCACAUAACAUUCUUUCAAAUAUAAUCACAUGAAUUAAAUAAAAUAUAUUUUCUAUCUGUUAUACAGCUUUAUUUAUCACCCAUUUAAACGACUCAUUCACUUAUAUUACUAAAACACAGUCUUGAGAGACGCAGCCAGCCUGUCCAUUCCUCAUUUCGCCUACUAAGGGUACUAGCUUAAAGUGCUCAUAACAAAUCAUAUGUACAUUUAUAUUUUCUUCAUCGGUGUUGAAAACAAGAUGCUGCAGCUUCAAAGGGUUAUCCUAAUUGAACUGAAAUCUUUGUGACACCAAAACACAUUUGAAUCUUGUUAUUUUUGCCGUGAAAAUGUAAUUGAAAGGCAUAUUUCCUGUCUUACAUGUGUGUUUGAAUGUUGAAAUGUUUCCUGUUCUUUUUUUUUUACAAUUUUUGUCACUGAAUCCGUCAUCUUCCAGAGACUGGAGAAGGACCCACCUGGAAGCUCUGACUUGUUAGGAAUGGAAUAUUUUCCCCUCUGUUUUAGAUAAGCACUGCAACAUGCUUGUGCAGUGUGGAAGGAGGACUUCCACAUAGUAAGGUAAAAGAUUCGGCAAACCCCCUCCUACCUUAAUAGAGAGACAGAGAGGCCUUAGAGGUACUGGCGGGGGAGCUACCAACUCCGUCAAGGGUAGAGGGCACUGGCCACAAUACAGCACAUAAUAUAAGUGAGAUAAGCCUCCGGGAUCCCCAAUGAGGACACAGGAAAAGAUUUAUUUUCCUUGCCCACUGUGAGGUGGUUUGACUUAUGUACACUCAACAAAAAUAUAAACGCAACACUUUUGUUUUUGCUCCCAUUUUUUAUGAGAUGAACUCAAAGAUCUAAAACCAUUACUCUCAAAUAUUGUUGACAAAUCUGUGAUUGUGAGCACUUUUCCUUUGCUAAGAUAAUCCAUUCCACCUCACAGGUGUGCCAUAUCAACAUGCUGAUUAGACACCAUGAUUAGUGUACACGUGUGCUUUAGACUACCCACAAUAAAAGGCCACUCUGAAAUGUGUAGUUUUGUUUUA